UCCUGGAUCAGCGUCACGACAUCACGCGUGCGUCACUACCGGUGAAUUUCCAAGAUGUCUUCCUCCGACACCCAAACAACGAAUCGGACAUGGGAAUUGAGUCUGUACGAGCUUCAUCGAACCCCGCAAGAGGUAAUAACCGACAGCACCGAGAUUGCGGUGUCACCCAGAAGCCUCCAUAGUGAACUCAUGUGUCCGAUUUGCCUCGAUAUGCUCAAAAACACAAUGACGACCAAAGAGUGCUUGCACCGCUUUUGUCAAGAAUGCAUCAUCACAGCUUUACGAAGCGGCAACAAAGAAUGUCCAACAUGCCGCAAAAAGCUUGUUUCUAAACGUUCUCUCCGAGCUGACCCCAACUUCGACAUGCUUAUUGCUAAAAUCUACCCGAGCCGCGACGAGUAUGAAGCACAUCAAGAACGCGUUUUGGCCAAAUUGAAACACAGCCAAGCUCUCGCACACAACAUCGAAGAAGGAAUGCGCAUGCAAGCCCUUAAUCGCGGCCAACGAGUUCGUAAAAAUGCCACUGACGACAAUGCGGCUACCCCAACGCCAGCAACUGCCUGUUUAUCCACCCCAGUGUCCGUGGCUGGUAUGACCAACAGUAUAGCGUCAACACCAACAUCGUCGACGUUCGCGUCCGCUCCGACAGCCAGUAACACGUCAACCGCAGCGACUGCAAACGUUGUAACAACGCCCAGGCAAACGCCGACGCCAGAAAGCUGUAGCGAUGCUACCACAAACAGUUCGAGCUCAUCUUCCCAGCCUCGGAAAAAAGCACGUACAGCGAACGAUACGGAGUCAGCAGGGUCUGAUGGUGCCGACACCGAUGACGGCACCGGCGUGGAUGCAGCUCUCAUGAGUGAAAUUGAAUUGGUAUUCAAGCCUCACCCACAGGAGGAUGAUCCAGCAGCACAAGUUAGGUAUAUCAAGACAACGGCAAACGCUACAGUGGACCAUUUGUCAAAAUACCUUGCAAUGCGUCUGGCCUUGGACAAGUUGGAGCAAGACGCGUCAGCACCACGAAGCGUGGCACCCUUUGCCAUAUACAUAGCAGUAACACCUGGCCAGUUCACGGCUCUGCCUGGCAACAUGACCCUGGACCAGGUUAAUGAGAAGUACUGGAAAGUCAACAAGCCCCUGGAAAUGUACUAUGCCCACAAGAAAACAUGAUCUUCCUCUUA